AUGGAGCACCCAGUCAAGGAGAUUAGAACCGUCAUCCGGGACCUGGUUCAAGGCACCCCCGAGAAGCAGAAGAACGCUUUGUACUCGCACUUUGUCGAGGAUGCCUCUUUCACCCAUCCCUUUUGCCAUGUGCCGUCCUUCGGGAACAUCCAGCUCCCCUUCCUCCCCAUUCUCAACUCGCGAUUGUUCAUCCUCAUGGUUUACCGUUGGUACCGGAUCCUCAGCCCCAACAUUAACAUGGAAAUUGAAUCAACGGUCCAAGACCAAAAGACCAACCUUCUCUACGUAAAGAUGCACCAGGACUUCCGCCUCUGGUUCGUGCCCUUCUACUCCGCGCCUGUCGACUUCGUUGUUGUCCUCCGCCUUGAGACACGUACCGUCGACGGCGACGGGCGCCCGCUGCCUCGCAACCAGAGCGACACCCCCACCUUCGGUUCCCGACAGCGCCAGUUCGUCGUCCAUCAGGAAGACCACUACCAGGUCGGUCAGUGGCUCAAGUUCAUCACCCCUGUUGUUGGGCCCUGGGCCUGGUACGCUUGGUCCCUUUUCGCCACGUUCCUGUGUGCUGUCGGUGCCUUGGUCGGCUACCCUAUGACUUGGCUCCUGCAGCAGUCGGCAACAUCCAACUACGCAGAGAUCAAGCAGCGAGAGUAA